CUUUCUCAUGCAUAACACAAAAACCUGUUGUGGGCUGAUCAUGGACAGAUCCAUGAGACGAGUAAACAUUCUUCUUCUUCUGUUUCUCACCCUAAUCAUAACUAUUGAUUUCAUCUCCUGCACUGAAAACUCUCAAAUGAGUUGUCUUGAAAGUGAGAGACAAGCUCUUUUGAGGUUCAAGCAGGAUCUUAUUGAUCCGUCAAACCUGCUCUCAUCUUGGGGUGGUGAAUGGGACUGCUGUAAAUGGACUGGAGUUGUCUGCGACAACUUAACUGGCAAUGUCAAGGGGCUCCAUCUUCGAAAUCCACUCGCGGGUUGCACGACAGAUGCCGAGUGUGAAGCUUAUGUGAGGUCCAGGUUGGGCGGUAAGGUAAACCCUUCCUUGCUCAACUUGAAGCAACUGAGUCACUUCGACCUAAGCAACAACGAUUUCGGGGGAGUUCCAAUUCCAAGCUUCAUUGGUUCCUUCAAGAGCUUAAGAUAUCUUAACCUCUCCUAUGCAGGAUUUGGGGGAGUAAUCCCUCAUCAACUCGGGAAACUCUCGAGUUUGAAAUAUCUUGAUCUUGCUGGAGAUUUCAAGGGUCUAAUUCCACAUCAACUGGGAAAUCUUUCAAGUUUGCGCUAUCUCAAACUUCGUGGUGGUUUUGUUGAGAAUCUCCAAUGGCUUUAUGGUCAUUCCUUGCUGCAGCACAUUGAUUUGAGUUAUGUCAACCUUACCAGAGCAUCUGAUUGGCUUCAGGUGACAAAUAUGCUCCCUUCUUUGGUAGAGUUAAGCUUGUCUGCUUGCGGUCUUGAUCACUUUCCUGCUCUACCUGUUGUUAAUUUUACUUCUCUUGCAACUCUUGACCUUUCCUUCAACUACUUUCAAUCUUCGAUCCCUGAUUGGUUGUUGAUUGGUCUCAAAGGCCUUGAUUCUCUCAAUCUUCAGUUCUGUGGUUUGCAUGGGCCGAUUCCGAGUGGUCUUGGAAACAUGACCCUUCUUAGAAAUCUUGUUCUGUCCUACAAUUUGUUCAAUUCUACCAUACCUGACUGGCUAUAUGAUUUCAGCCAUCUUGAAUACCUUGACUUGUCAUUCAGUGACUUGCAAGGUGUGAUCUCUAGUGCAAUAGGAAACCUUACUUCUCUCACUACCCUUGACUUCUCAUUUAAUAAGGUUGUGGGAAACUUGCCUAGAUCCUUCGGAAAUCUUUGCAACUUGAAAGAAAUCAUUUUGUCAGGUACCGAGAUUGGUGGCAAUGUAUCAGAAGUUUUCAAUAUCUUCUCCAAAUGCAUUUUAGAUGGACUAGAAACUCUUGAUUUAUCUAGAACUCAACUUUCUGGCCAUUUUCAUGAUGCCACUCGUCAACUUGGGCAAUCUAGAAAUCUGGAAGCCCUCUUUCUUUCUAGUUGUUUUGUUUUCGGUCACAUUCCAGUAUCUUUGGGAGAAUUGUUGACCUUGCAAUAUUUAGAUAUUUCUAAUAAUUCUCUUUCUGGUCACAUUCCAAUGUCUUUAGGAAGAUCAUCAUCCUUGAAAUAUUUAGAUCUUUCUGAUAAUAACUUGAGCGGACCUGUUCCUGAAACUCUUGGACAACUUGCAAACCUAGAAGUAUUCUGGAUGUCUCGAAAUUCAUUCCAAGGUUUUAUAUCUGAAGUUCACCUUGCCAACCUCACAAGACUAAGAGAAUUUGGCGGAGCUAAAAAUCAUUUGGUCUUGCAAGUGAGUUCAAUGUGGGUUCCUCAAUUUCAACUUGACAUGUUAGUAUUAACGUCAUGGCAAUUGGGGCCACAAUUUCCCCCAUGGCUUCAAUCACAAAAGAAUUUGGCAAUUCUAGAUAUAUCCAACACUGGGAUUUCAGGUGUCAUUCCUAGUUGGUUUUGGAACUUAUCUUCCAAGGUUUAUUUUUUAAAUCUCUCUCACAAUCAUUUCCACGGCGAGAUUGUAGGCAUGCCUCCAAUUUUUUCGAUUGCUACAGUAGUUGAUCUAGGUUCUAACAACUUUAGAGGUACACUACCCUAUAUAUCCUCUAGCGUCAUUACACUGGAUGUUUCUAACAAUUCAUUUUCAGGGUCUAUUUCCCAUUUCUUGUGUUACAAGAUGGAGCAACCAAAGGAAUUGGAACUUCUUAAUCUCGAGGGGAAUCUUUUAUCGGGAGAAAUUCCUGAUUGUUGGAUGAGCUGGUUUGGUCUUGAAUUCUUGAGUUUAAGAAAUAACAAUCUAACUGGUGAAAUUCCAAGCUCCAUGGGAUCUCUAAGUCACCUCAAAUCGUUGCAUUUGCGUAACAAUAGUCUUUUUGGAAAACUACCUUUGUCAUUACAUAACUGUACAGAGUUAACAGUUAUGGACUUUGGUGAGAAUAAAUUUUCAGGAAGCAUACCAGCAUGGAUUGGAGAACGACUUGUAAAUCUCAAGAUACUCAUCCUAAGGUCAAACAGGUUCCAUAGCAACAUUCCAAAAGAACUUUGUGCACUCUUUUCGCUUCAAAUCUUGGAUCUUGCAAAUAACAAUUUAUGGGGAAGCAUACCAAAAUGUUUCAAGAAUCUAAGUGCCAUGGGGGUAAAGCUAGACUCAAGUGACCAGAUGUUAUAUAGCUCUAAUGGUACCCUUGGAGAUUUUUUUAAAGGUUUUGUGGAGAAUGCACUCGUGGUGAUGAAAGGGAGAAUGCUUGGUUAUAGCACCAUUCUUCAAUUCGUAACGAGUAUGGAUCUUUCUGACAACAAUUUAUCAGGAGAGAUUCCUAAUGAAUUGACACACCUUCUCGGGCUCCGAUCGUUAAAUUUGUCUCGUAAUCUUUUGACAGGAAGGAUUCCUGAAAAUAUAGGUUCUAUGGGAUUAUUAGAGUCUAUUGAUUUCUCCGCCAACCAUUUGAGUGGUGAAAUCCCUCCAAGCAUGACAAGUUUGACAUUCUUAAGUCACUUGAACUUGUCCAAUAACAAUUUGACAGGAGAAAUACCAUUGAGCACUCAGCUCCAGAGUUUCAAUGCAUCUAGCUUUGUUGGCAAUAGUCUCUGUGGACCUCCACUUGUUCAGGGUUGUGGUGUAAAUGAUGUGAAACCUACAGUUAGAAACGAAGGCGGCAAUGAAGGCCAUGGAGUUGAAGUGGAUUGGUUUUAUGUGAGCAUGGCACUUGGUUUUGUUACGGGCUUUUGGGGCGUAUUUGGUCCUAUACUCUUCAAAAGGUCAUGGAGAUUUGUAUGCUUUGAGUUGAUGGAUAGAAUGUGGCAUAAAUUCUGUGGUAUUAUAGGCAUGUGUACAUAGAUUUAGUCUUUUUAAUUGAGUGGUGCUCAUCAUUCCCUUGUAGAACAAAGAUGUAUAUUUUUUUUAAUUUCUGUGGUAAGUAAUUUUAUUCUCUUCCAAAGUUGAUUAGAUUACUAAUAUUUAAAUAGUAUUUGCUUUCAUCCUUCCA